CGCUGGCGGGUCGGCACCCCGAGAGUCCCCCGGCUGGGUAGAGCCCCAGGGCUCGGCUGCAGCAGGGAAGGGGGGCCCGGAGCUGAGCCGCGCCGGAUGGGGCGGUGGCUUCCGCGGCAGCGGCCGGGGAAAUGGGGGAGCCGCGGGGGGCGGCGGUGAGAGCGGCGGCCAUCGUACUCGGGGCGGGCGCCUGCUACUGCCUCUGGCGGCUGGCGGCGGGCGGCCGGCGGGGACAGCGGGCUGCGGCCGGGGCCGCCCGGGGCCCGCCGUCAGACAACAGUCCUCCAGUGUCAACCCAUAUCAUGGAUGCCGAUGCUCUACAGAAACUUAUUCAUUUGCUCCAGGCCACAGAUGAUCCAUUAAUUCAAGAGCAAGUUUUAAUCACUCUCGGCAACAGUGCUGCCUUCUGUGUAAAUCAAGAUAUAAUCCGAAAUUUGGAUGGCCUUUCUGUUAUUGGAGGGAUGCUCUCCGACUGCAUUGCCAAAGUUAAAGAAAAAGCAUUAAAUGCACUUAAUAAUUUGAGUAUGAAUAUUAAAAAUCAAGAGGAGAUACAGGUGUAUAUUACGCAAGUUUGUAGGAACGUUGAGUCAGCUCCCCUGAACUCGGAACUGCAGCUAGCUGGACUCAGAUUGUUGACAAAUAUGUCUGUUACCAGUGACUACCACCAUAAGAUGGUAAACUCAAUUCCGUGCUUUCUUCAUUUGCUUGCAGAAGGAACUGAAAGGACACAGAUUCAAGUUUUGAAGGUACUUGUGAACUUAUCUGCAAACCCAGCCAUGGCAAGACAUCUUCUCAGAGCUCAAAUACAUAGGUUAAACGGCAAGAGCAAAGCUUCAUUAAUGACUGCGUACUUGGGAAAUCUGAGCUCAUGUAAAGUGUUGAAAUUUACCUCAUUUGCUAAAGCAAAAGUCCCCCAAUGAAUGGCUACAGACUUCUUUGCUUGAACAUCAAUAUGGAUUCUUACUGCUUCUUCAGGAUCCACAUGCUGGUAUUUCAUGAACCACCUACCAAAACACAAAGUCAUUCUUUUGUGUCAUCUAAUUCAGUGCAAGAUUUCUUCUUUAUUUUCAAUGGGUAAGUUGCAAAGAAUCUAAAAAAAAAAAUCUUAGCUCAUGUAAUCAAAAAAAUUAUGGAGCGUGUAUGUCUGAACAACAUACAGAACACUCAAAAUCAACAAGCUGGAAUAUACGAAGAUACCCGCAAAAUAGCAGUUGAUGUAUUUCACUCCCCUUUUCAAACGUUUUUUUCUUAUAUAUAUACUAAGGACACAUUAUUGGUGCCUCAAGGCAUUAAGGCCAUAGAUUUAAAUCCAUCCCUCAAAAAAUUUCAUGCUAGUGCCACACACCAAAAAGCGUGUGCUUCAGAAGACAGCCUAAAGGAACAGUGGUAAAGCAGAAGAGAGAACCUGGCAAUUCUUAAAAGAUAUGGAUUUUUACCACGUUAUCCUGACUCCUAUCUUCCUUUCCCAGCCCAUACAUGCUCUGCUUCCAGCAUUAUAUCAGCAUUAUCAUCUAAAAGUUUAGAUACCUCAUCAUAAGUAGGAUACAGAUGCCUAAACACACAGAUCUUUCACUCUAUAAAGGAUUCAUCUUUAUCUCCAGAUAAGAUGCAAAAACAGCGUAAAGACUGAAGCAAGAGAAAAAUGCAGCAAAUUGCAUGCAUCUAAAUGGGUUGGAUUAAGUGAUGCUAUUUCAGAAAGAAAGUCACAAAGUAAUUCCAGAUUUUUACUCAACAUUUUUCACGGAAGAAAGUCAGCUGAUUUAUCCUUGCUGUGCAUAAGACUGAAGAAAAAAAACUCUCCAAGAGCAUCACACAUACACAGACAAGCAUCCUGGAGAUUUCAGCUCCAUCUUCCGAUUCUCUGCUUUUUUUUUUUUUGUCACUCAGCAAUUUCCUUCUUUUGCUUCUAUAUUCUGUUGUAAAAUCUUAAUAAAGUAUACCUACAGUUUUUA